AUGAUGAUGAUGAUGAUGAUGAUGGAAAAAAAGCACAUGGGACCACGAAACUGCUUCAUCCUCCAAACGAUACACGAGUCCGUGUAUUCCCAAAACUCCUGUUCAAACGCCGAAACCCCUUCUUUGUCUUCUUCUUCGAUGAGCGAGAACGACGAGGAGAACAAAUUCUGUUUCGAUUGUAAGAAGAAAUUGGGCGUGUAUUUGCACUGUAAGUUUGGGACGCUGUUGUGUCGAGCGUGCGCGGAGGAACACAAAACGGAUGGGCAGUUGAAAAUAGAAAGCGGGAAGUACCUGAAGUGCAUUUUUUUUAACCAUCAGGUUAAAGAGGAGUUUUCGCCGCUGUUCUCCCCGAUGAUGAUGUCCGCUUCGUCGUCCGCGUUGGAAGACGAUUCAGACGACGACGAAGACGUCGAUGGUGGUGUUGAAAACGACGAGAACGCUUUGAGCGAAGAACGAGAACCGAUUUUAACGGAGCUCGAACUGGCCACGCUGAGCGCCGGCGGUAACCGCGCUUUGUCCUUGUUCCUUAAAAACGAGCACGGUAUCAUCGUGGGUAACUUGAACGCGAAAGAUCGCGUGAAGUUUUACAAAGAAUGUCGAGAAUUGCGAGCGUAUAGGGUGGAACUCGCGAUGGCAAGUUCGAUGCGAAUGCACGCGUUGAGAGAGGAGUAUAAAGAGUUUCUCGACGAUUAUCACGCGGCGACCGAAAGCGGUAGCAUAAGUAGCAACGAUAAGAGUACGAAGAAUAAGAAAAAGAUUAGAAAAAUAUCGGACAGUUUGGGUUCGGCGUUGACAAACAUCGAUAAGGAGUUGAUGGAGGAGAAAAGAAGAGAAGAGGAGGAGGAACGACUACAACAAGAAGAAGAAGAAGAAGAAGAAAAGAGCGACGAGAACAAACGAGAAGAAAAAGAUGACGGCGAUGAACCGAGAACGCCGGAUAGCGAAUCAAAAGAGGAGACAAGGACGACGACGACAUCUUCGUCGCUUUUUUCCAGUCCGACGAGUUUGUUAAAGUCUAUCGAUACGUCCGGAUUGAAUAAAAUCGGAACGUGGGUGCAAAGCAUUACUGCGACGGCGACGACGAAAAGUAGCGAAAGCGGCAACAGCGAUAAAGAGAAUAAUAGCGACGACGAGAAAGAAACGAUGGAGAAAGCAGAGGUACGACCCGGAAAAGAGGAAGAUUUACUCGAUGAAAUUGAAACUAUCGCGGAAGCCGCCGCCGCCGAGGUAUCGUCCACUGGCGCGAACAUCAAUGAUAAAAGUAAUGAGACCAAUAGUAGCAGUAAUAGUAGUAGCGAUAGUGAUGAGCUGCUCAACGAAAUCGACCAAAUUGUCGCCGAAGUUGAUGACGACGACAAUUCAGUGAAAGAAAAAGAAGAAGAGGAAAGAAAAGAAGAGCGUAAUAUUACUACUUCGAGCGAUGGCUCGUCAAGAUUAGCCUCAUCGCCUCGUUCGGUGAGAUUCGUCAAAAUUCGAAACGAAGCUGCCACGGCGGUGCAGAAACACUGGAAAGGAUCGAACGAGCGCAAAGCCUUUUUGAACCAAAAACGCGCGGCGACGACGAUUCAAUCGAGUUUUCGAGGAAACAAAGCGCGUAGCGGCGUCGUCCGAGAAAUGAAGGAAGAAGUCAAGCGAAUAGAAAAAGAAACGGAAGCGGCAAUUAAGAUUCAAUCGAGAUUUCGAGGAAGUAAAGCUCGAGUAACCAUCGCGGAACUUCGUGAAGAAGUUCGACGAAAAGAAGAAGAGCGCGUCGCGCUUGAAGCUAAGCGAGAGCGAGAGCGCGUCGAACGGCAGAGCGCGAUAACUAUUCAAAAAUCUUUCAAAGGUAUGCAGCAACGAAAAGUUUACGGCGAAUUUAAAGCUUGUAAAGCGCGGGACCACGCAGCUACACACAUCCAAAGUUAUUACCGAGGUGUAAAAACGAGAGAACAGGUAGCAAACGAUCGCAAAGCGCGAUUGUUACUGGCUGCACUCGAGAAAAGAGAGGCUGAAAAUGAAAAGAGAGUACGCGCGGCUAUUCUUUUGCAAGCGCAUUCGAGAGGGUUCUUGGCAAGAAGAGAGGCGCGGGAGUUGCGUGAGUUUGCAAAAAUUAAAAUUGAGGCGAAAUUAUACGCUCGCAAACGAGUCGAGGAACGCAUCGAGGCCAAGAUGAACGAAUUGAGAACGCGGAAUGGCAUCUGCGCGUAG